ACUACUACUACUACUACUACUACUACUACUGCUAUGAUUACUACUACUACUACUACUACUACUACUACUACUACUACUGCUACUAAUACUGCUACUACUAGUACUACUACUACUACUACUACUACUAGUACUACGACUACUACUGCUACUACUGCUAUUAGUACUACUACUACUACUACUACUCCUACUACUACUGCUGCUACUACUAUUACUACUACUACUACUACUACUACUACUACUACUACUACUACUACUGCUACUGCUACUACUGCUAUUAGUACUACUACUACUCCUACUCCUAUUACUUCUGCUGCUACUCCUACUACUACUACUACGACUACUACUACUACUCCUCCUCUUCCUCCUCCUACUACUUCUACUACUAUUACUCCUCCACCACCACCUCCUCCUCCUCCUCCUACUGCUACUACUGCUACUGCUACUCCUCCUACUACUCCUACUGCUACUACUACUACUACUACUACUACUACUACUACUACUACUACUACUACUACUGCUACUGCUACUGCUACUCCUCCUACUGCUGCUACUACUACUCCUACUCCUACUCCUACUCCUACUACUACUACUUCUACUACUACUACUACUACUACUACUGCUGCUACUGCUAAUCCUCCUCCCACUCCUACUGCUACUGCUACUGCUACUCCUCCUCCCACUCCAAAUGCUGCUACUCCUCCUUCUCCUACUACUACUUCUACUACUACUACUACUACUACUACUCUUACUCCUACUACUACUACUGCUACUGCUACUCCUCCUCCUCCUACUAAUGGCUCAAGGAACAUGGUUGUGAGCCUUCCACAAGUCCACAAAGUAAGUGAACUGGACAACUAUUCUGCCAUGACCUCCUCCACAGCUCAGCAGAUGUCCCAUGACCCAGAUCCAAGGUUUAACAAUCCAUCUGAGCCACCUUUACCAACACCUUUGAGUUUUUUUGGUGGAAGCGCUGAAAACUGUGAUGUCUUAUAG